CUGUGGUGGCAGGAGUGAGUAGGGCAACUGCUAAGGCUCAUUGCUAAGGACUCCAUGGGAGGCUAAUGGAAGACCAUGACUCUAGCUGUGCUUUUCAAUCACUUACUCUUCUAAUAGAGCUCUGCCAUUGAAUCAUGGAGUCUUCAUCUGAGGACCAAAGAUCAUCCCACAUCAUGAUACAACCAAAUGAAACAGUACUGACUGCCCUUCCCUAUGAGCCUCAGAGCUCUCUGCUGGAUUUCCUGAAGGGAGAGCCAAAAGUCUUGGGGGCUCUCCAGAUCCUGCUUGCUCUGAUCACUGCGGGUGUUGGAACCAUAUUUGCAUUCAAUUACUUCCAUUUCUCCCAGAGAUUUCCCCUCGUUUUCCUCACGGGAUAUCCAUUCUGGGGAGCAUUUAUUUUUGUUAUUACGGGAUACAUCACAGGAAUCAAUGAGAAGAAAAAAUGUUAUUUGCAGGGAAUUUUGUCAGUCUUACUGGUCACCAGCAUAGUAGAGCUCGGCAUCUCUGUGACUAUCUCCUCCUUCAGAAGCAAGUGCUGGACAACCUCCGAUGAGAUUGUAUUUUUCUUGCCUUUGGAUGUUACUCAAGAGAGUGAACGUUCUGUCCCUGAAGAAAAUACUGCAGUACAAUUUGAGCUUCAAGAACAGUCCUCCACUGCUGAUUCAACAACAAACAUACAACCUGUUUUCAUUGGAGGCUAUACUUUCUUCAAGUUAAGAGUCACAAGAAAUCCUUUAGCCUUCAGACAUUCAAGGAGGAGAAACAGUAAAACUUACUACACAUCUUCUGUGUCUAUGCUAGAUGAACAACAGAAAAGUAUUUCUCCACCUUCACAAGUUUAUGAGGAAAGACCUAAGCUGAAACCUUUGCUUCCCACAUUGCUGGAAAGGUCCACAGAAAACAUCCCAUAUGCCAAACAACUGAAAGAUGAAGACCUAAAAGCUGCUAUUGCACAACGCCCAGAAAAUCAAACCCAACUUCUGCAGUCCCGCGCUUUGCCACUCCAAGUUUUCCCAUCCAGUUACAUAAAAAAACUCCAAAUGUUACCACCCCAGGCUCUGCCAGUCCUGGCAUCUCAAGCCCCAACAUACCAGGACACACAGUCUCAAGGCCUGACAUCAGAAGACAUGCCAUACCAAGACAUAUCAUCCCAAGAAUCACAAUACCAGAGCAUGCCAUCCCAAGAUACACAAGCCCUAGACAUGCCAUAUCAAUAUGCACCAUCCCAAAACACACCAUCCCAGAACACAUUAGCCCAAGACAUGCCAUCUAAAAAUAUAUUAUCCCAAGACAUGGUAUCCCAAAAGCCGCCAUCUGAAGGUAUACUUUACCAAGAUCUGCAUUCCCAACUACAAGCUCUGCCAGCACAAUCCAUGCUACUUGCAGCCCCAGCAUUUCAUGCAGCCCAGUCCUCUAAUAUACAACGCCUAGAUCAGCAAGCCCUAGAUCUUCAACAUCGAAACCAGCAACUUGCACGUGUAUCGUACCAAGACAUGCAAUCAGAAGUCAUGUUACUGACCCAAGAAUGGAAAUCUCAGGAGGAAUUCCAGAGCAGGAAAUCCACAAAGUGGCAAUUCCUAGACUGGCAAAAUGAGAACCUGCAAUCCCGAAAGUCACAUGAUUUAUACAGGCAAAACAAAGGCUGGCAAACUCCAAAACAGAAAUCCCAGGACUUGCAAAUGCAAGGCCAGCAAUCCCCAAGAAAGAAAUCCCUAGACCAGCACAUCAAGGACUGGCUAUCCCCAAAGAGGCACUCCAUAGAUAAGCAAACCCAAGUUAAGCAAACCAGACAGAAGUCCUCAGGUCAGCGAACUAAAGACCAGCUGCUGGUCUUAGAGGAACAAUCCCUAAGGCAGCGAUCCCCAAGUGGACAACGUAAAUAUCAAGAGGACAAAGAGGAAAAAUCCCCAAAGGAACAGCCCAAAGAUAGACAAGAUAAAGCUCAACAGACUGAUAUGGAGAAAUCCCCCAAGAAGCAAACCCAACAGGAGCACACUAAAGAUCUGCAAGUCCGAGAGGAGAAAUCCCCAAAGGAACAACCCAAAGACAGAAAAGAUAAAGCUCAACAGACUGAUAUGGAGACAUCCCCCAAGAAACAACCCCAGUAUGAGGAGGUUGAAAACCUGCAGGCCCAAGAGGAGAAAUCCCUGAAGCAGCUACAUCAAAACUGGCAAUCCCAAAUCCAGGAAUACCAAGCUUGGCAAUCUUCAAGCCAACAAUUCCAAGACCGGAGAAUUCAAGGCUGGAGAAACAAAGAGUGGAAAGCACAAGAAUUGGCACUUGAAAUGCCACAUUCCCUGAGGUGGGAAUCCCAAGCCUGGCAAAUCCAAGAUCUACUAGAGCAAGAGUCCCUAAAGCAGAAAGCUCUAUACCAAGAAGCCCAAAAUGUGCACGUCAUAACUCGACGUCAGCAAUUACAAAGCAUUCCAUUCAACGACAGUCAGUAUCAAGAUGAGGAACAAGACCUUAAAUCCACAGAUAUCCAAAAAGAAGGUAUGCAAACAGAAACCGUGCAAAUAAGAGACAACAAACCAGAAAGCAUGAAAUACCAAAACCUACACAACCAGCAGUCAGAAGACAAAAAUCCAGAUUGUUGUUUCUCCUGCCAAAGCUCAGUACAAGACACAAAUUUGGCCUAUCUGUCUGAUAUAAAUUCAGAACAAGAUGUGCAAAAAAACAUUUCAAUUUGCUCAGCUUCAUACCAAGAUGAUAUGACUUUAACUUCUACCUCAUGUUCCCUAAAAGACCAACAGCAAUCUGAGGACUCUGACUAACAUGGAAAAUCUACCCAAAUGCCACAAUGCUCCCAAGCAUGCAACCAAAAUAAGGAAAAACAAUAUAGUCUCCUCCAACCUAUGUUCUCAAGUCUGGUUGCUACCUAUUCACUCGCCAGAAAACAAAGGGCCUGCAAAACACUCAAAGGAUUUGCCCUUAACUAAAAUAAAAUGACAACAAACAUUAA